CGGCGGCUUCCUGAGGGCAGCGGGGCACCCGGAGGGCCCCCUUCACGGAGCGCACCGUCCGGCGACGUGAGCGAGCCGCGGAGCCGGCCGGCGCGGCCAUGGCGACGAGCACGCAGCAGAAGGAGAACACGCUGCUUCACCUCUUCGCGGGCGGAUGCGGGGGCACAGUUGGUGCUAUUUUCACUUGUCCACUAGAAGUCAUUAAGACCAGGCUACAGUCUUCGAGACUAGCUCUCCAAACAGUGUAUUAUCCUCAGGUUCAUCUGGGGACCAUUAGUGGAGCUGGAAUGGUGAGACCAACGUCUGUGACACCUGGACUCCUACAGGUUCUGAAGUCAAUCUUGGAAAAGGAGGGACCAAAGUCACUUUUUAGAGGCUUGGGUCCAAAUUUGGUUGGAGUUGCACCAUCAAGGGCUGUGUACUUUGCAUGUUACUCCAAAGCCAAAGAACAAUUUAAUGGCAUUUUUGCUCCUAAUAGCAACAUUGUGCACAUUUUCUCAGCUGGCUCUGCAGCUUUUAUCACAAAUACCUUAAUGAACCCUAUUUGGAUGGUUAAAACAAGGAUGCAGCUAGAACGGAAGGUGAGAGGCUGCCAGCAGAUGAACACACUGCAGUGUGCCCGGCAUGUGUACCAGACAGAAGGUGUCCGUGGCUUCUACAGAGGGCUGACUGCCUCGUAUGCUGGGAUCUCAGAAACCAUCAUCUGUUUUGCUAUUUAUGAAAGUUUGAAGAAGUGUCUGAAAGAAGCGCCAUUAGCCUCUUCCACAAAUGGAACUGAGAAAAAAUCCGCAAGUUUUUUUGGACUCAUGAUAGCUGCUGCUGUAUCUAAGGGAUGUGCUUCCUGCAUUGCCUAUCCACAUGAAGUCAUAAGGACACGGCUCCGGGAGGAAGGCACCAAGUACAAGUCCUUUAUCCAGACAGCACGCCUGGUACUCCGGGAGGAAGGCUACCUCGCCUUCUACCGAGGACUCCUUGCCCAGCUCAUCCGGCAGAUCCCUAACACUGCCAUUGUGCUGUCUACCUAUGAGCUCAUCGUGUACCUGCUGGGAGACCAUGCACAGUAGCUGCCACAUGGUUGUGCACUAGGAGAAUAAAACUGAAAACCUUAGAGAUUUUCUUUUCUGUUGAUGUUUAGAGUGUUCGAAACUGAAACAGGAAAGGCCAUAGAAUAUCUGGCUUAUGUCACCUGUUGGACAUUUCCUUUUGGAUUCAUGCUUUCUGGAAGGUUUAAUUCAUUAACGUUAAUAGUUAAUUAUAACUUUUUUUUUAACUUAAGAGGAUUGAGGAUUAAGCAGCAAGUAAAUUAAAUCAUGCUAUUUAAUUUAAGUA